UGUUCUUUUGUUAAGUUGUUACUGUGUAUUCCUCUCAAACCCCAGCGAAGCCGCGAGGGGACAAGGCGGGAGGGGUUUCCGAUGGCGCCAAAGCGGAAGCCCGCGCGGGCGGCGGCGGAGCGGGACCCCGACGGCAUGUUCCGCGGCGUCUCCGCCUUCGUCGUCCCCCAUUCCGUGCAGACUCGCCGCCUCGAGGUGUGGAAGCAGAGGCUGGUGCAGAUGGGGGGCCGCGUCCAGGAGAAGCUCUCCAAGGGCGCGCCGGCGGUCACCCACGUGCUGGCCAUGGACGCCAAGGCGCUGCUCCGGGAGCUCGACGCCGCUUGGCUCCACCGCUUCCGCGGGAGUGUGGUGUCCUUCGAGUGGCUGGAGGAGUGCCUCAAGUCCGGGGAGAGGCUGCCCGAGUACAAGUUUGUGAUCAACUAUGAAGAGGAAUUUAAGCCGAAGAAGGCGGCUAGCACCGGAGAUUCAGGUGCAUCGCAGCCUGCGAAAAGGAGCAAGAUGUCAUCUGAGGAUCCCGGGGAUUACCAGAGUACUAGUGGAGAGGAUAGGGAGAAGAAGCUAGCUGCUGGAGGGCGCCUAGAUGCAAGUGCACAAGUGAAUACCGUAGGCUCACAUGGUACAUUGGACAUCGAGGAAGCCUCUUCUGGAGGACCCAGCAUAUAUGCUCCAGCAGACUUGAACAGGAACAUCACCAAGAUUUUCGGAAGGCUUAUCGAUAUAUACAGGGCCCUGGGAGAUGACAGAAGAUCAUUUAGCUAUUACAAGGCCAUACCGAUGAUUGAGAAAUUGCCAUUCAAAAUAGAGAGUGCUGACCAAGUCAAAAACCUCCCUGCUAUUGGGAAAUCUUUGAAAGACCAUAUAAAUGAAAUAGUCACUACUGGAAAACUCUCCAAGCUGGAACACUUUGAGAAUGAUGAAAAGGUACGGACCAUCAGUCUAUUCGGUGAAGUUUGGGGCAUUGGUCCUGCAACUGCGCUUAAGUUAUAUGAAAAGGGACACCGUACUCUUGAUGAUCUGCAAAAGGAUGAGUCACUUACAAAUGCUCAGAGGAUUGGAUUGAAAUUCUUUGAUGAUAUCAAACAAAGAAUCCCCCGGCAUGAGGUUAGAGAGAUGGAGAAGCUUUUGGAAGAUGUUGGGAAGGAUAUCUUGCCUGGGGUAAUAAUUGUUUGCGGAGGAUCAUAUAGACGUGGAAAAGCUUCUUGUGGUGACAUAGAUAUUGUUAUAACUCAUCCUGAUGGAGAAAGUCAUGUAGGUUUUUUACCCAAGUUUGUUCAACGGCUGAAGGAAAUUAACUUUUUGAGGGAGGAUCUUAUCUUUAGCAUACAUAGUGUUGAUGGAACUGAUAGUGGGGUUGACACAUAUUUUGGUCUUUGCACAUAUCCUGGGCGUGACCUGCGGCACCGUAUUGACUUGAAGGUAUACCCAAUGAACAGAUAUGCAUUUGGGCUGCUUGCAUGGACUGGAAAUGAUGUACUAAAUCGGAGAUUAAGACUAUUAGCAGAAUCCAAAGGAUACAUACUUGACGACACUGGAUUGUAUCUUGCUACACAGGGAAGUGGUGGAAAGCGUGCGGGCAGAUCGGAUGCGAUAGUUAACUGUAACACCGAGAAGGAUGUGUUCGACACGCUUGGAUUCCCUUGGCUGGAACCCCAUGAGCGUAAUCUUUAGCUAUUUUCGAGCUUUCCUGUAGAGAAUGUAUGUUGUAAAGCUGUACAUUCAUAUCUCCUUUCCUUCUGCUGUGCUGUGAGCCUGUGACUAGUAGGAUCUGUUUGGCUUGGCUUUCUAUGCUUCUCCCAAGCCCUUUCUUUUAGGACUCCCAAGUUUGUUGAAAGUACCCAAAGAAGCAGUCUCUGUUAUUAAAAUCCCUUUGUCUUCUCAAUCGACACAAUGUUUUGUUUUGCUGCGUAUGUGAAUAAUUUUAAAUCAUUAGCUGAGCA